AUCCUGUUCUGGCAACUCGAGUACAGCGGCACAAACAAAAAUCUACACGGAACACGAUAGAGAAAAAGGUAAAAGAUGCUCCCAACGGGAGAUGUUCAAGGUGGCCUUCGUAAACUGGAAUCUCUUAUUCGUACAAUAAAGUACACGGGGCCUGUCAACUACAGCAGCCUCACGGGUGGAGACCCUGCAGCUUUUCUUCCCAUUGUCAGUCACACACUCACCUCCUUUUCUCCCGUGGUGACUGAACAGUUGGUGGCAUUGGGAUUUGAACUGACUGGGAAAACUGAUCUAAGAUUCAUAGAGACUGUCUAUAAGGUGUUGAGAGAUGUUUUCCAGUAUAAGCCGGUUUUAACUAAAGAGCAGUUCCUUCAGUGGGGAUUCUGUCAAAGGAAGAUUUCUGUUGUCUGUGAUAUCAUCAGUCUGGUGCUGAAGAGACACAACCAACACAAAAAGAAUAAACCCAAAUCCAGAUUUCCUGCUUCACACAAGAAUGUCAAAGUAGAAACUAUUUCCUUUGCUGAUCUGGAAAAUGCCGUUCCUGCUAAGCCCUAUGUUGUGAACCACGUAGAAAAUCCUCCCACAAUUCCUGUGACUGUCUCUCAUAAAGAGCCGUCUUCAUCAAAGAUCGUGACCCACUCAGCUCCAGUAGAAAGAUUCUCUUCUCAGUCUCCUGAACACGGAGGCUUAGCGGAGGAGGAGACUGCUGACAAACCAUAUUAUGUGGAGUUGCAGGAGAGGUUUUCAACUCUGGAAACCCGAGUCGAGAAACUUGUUUCUGGGUUGGACCGACUCAGCGUCCUGGAGAAGCGCUUUGAGAAGCUGGAAACACUGAACAAUAAAGAUAAAACUGAAGAACAGCUUAUUACCAUAUCCAGGGAGACAUGGGAAAAUCUGCUCAGUCGAGUUUUACUAUUAGAAACCAAACUGGAGCUGAGCAGUGCUAAGGAGAAUGUCCCACCACUAUACCCUGACGCCACAACCUCUUUUGUCCCAAAGGUUUUAUUUGAUGUUCCACAGCCCAGUGUUAAAUGCGUCACUUCGACAGAGAAUGACCUAAAAGAACUGGAUCAGCUAACUUUGUCAGAACCAGACAAUCAAGAUGAUCUUAAAGAAAGACUGGAGAGGAUCACCAAAAUGUUGAAGAGCACCUCUAGUCUAUUGAAGAGCUCAGACAACUACAGUUAAUAAUGUUAUGUCUUAUUAAUGCAAACUUCAACACAUCAAACCACUUACUAUGGUGAACCCAAGAAAUUAAAAGUUUAUUUUGUAUUAAUCAUCAAUCAUAAUCAAGACAAUUAUGACAUUUUAAAUAAAAUAAAUAUUAACUG